AAUUCAGAACCUCUGUGUGAUUGGCUACCGUGGGGGCGCGGCGCUCAGGUCGCGGACGUUUCUGAUUGGUGCUUUGGAGCAGCAGGGCGGGAUUCUGCUUACAGCCGCGGGAGGUCCGGACAGAGGCGGCCAUGGGAUUCGAGGUUUAUGUGACAGGGUACCCCCGUAGCCCAGUCUUACCUGUCCUGUAACCCUCAAUUCUCCGCCUCCCAAGUACAUGACCUUUCCCUGCUGCCUCACUUUGUAUUUCUGAGGAUUCUUUAAAUGUAGAUGAAUUUGUGGGAGAAAAUCGACACGUAUAUAGUUUGCAGAGUCUGCACUGAAAGGAGGCCAGUCUUGGAAGAAAGGCCGACACAACUAAAAAAGAUUCAGAAAAGAGAAGGGAACAGUUUGAGUAUCAGCAUUCUUGAAUAAGGAAGGAGAAACUGGAUUGUCUGCAGCAUGAGCUCCAGGUAAUGGAAGACACUUUUCUUAACUGGCUUGCUUUGAGAACUGAUGCCUGAACCACCUCAGCAUGGCCAAUAGAAGAGGAGGUGGGCAUGGCCAGCCUCCCUCAGUGAUGCCUUCCUGGUUUAGCCCUCGAACUCUUUCCACCAAUAGGACCUGCACUCAUAAUAUAUGCAUGGUAUCUGACUUUUUCUACCCAAACAUGGGAGGUGUUGAAAGCCACAUUUACCAGCUCUCUCAGUGCCUCAUUGAGAGGGGGCACAAGGUCAUAAUUGUCACCCAUGCUUAUGGAAAUCGAAAGGGCAUCCGUUACCUCACCAAUGGCCUCAAAGUUUAUUACUUGCCUCUCAGAGUCAUGUACAACCAAUCUACAGCCACGACUCUCUUUCACAGUCUGCCAUUGCUCAGGUACAUAUUUGUUCGGGAAAGAGUUACGAUAAUCCAUUCCCACAGUUCUUUUUCUGCCAUGGCCCAUGAUGCUCUCUUCCACGCCAAGACAAUGGGGCUUCAGACAGUCUUCACGGACCAUUCCCUUUUUGGAUUUGCUGAUGUCAGCUCGGUGCUUACAAACAAGCUUCUAACUGUGUCUCUUUGUGACACAAACCACAUCAUUUGUGUCUCUUAUACUAGUAAGGAAAACACUGUACUAAGAGCAGCACUGAAUCCUGAAAUAGUGUCCGUCAUUCCUAACGCUGUAGAUCCUACUGACUUCACUCCAGAACCAUUUAGGAGGCAUGAUAGUGUAAUAACUAUUGUUGUUGUCAGCAGACUUGUAUACAGAAAAGGGACUGAUUUGCUUAGUGGUAUAAUACCUGAACUCUGUCAGAAAUACCAAGAAUUAAAUUUCCUAAUUGGAGGAGAAGGACCAAAGAGAAUCAUUUUGGAAGAAGUACGGGAAAGAUACCAACUACAUGACAGGGUGCAAAUUUUGGGAGCUUUAGAACACAAGGAUGUUAGGAAUGUCUUAGUUCAAGGACACAUUUUUCUUAACACCUCCCUCACUGAAGCAUUCUGCAUGGCAAUCGUGGAAGCCGCCAGUUGUGGUUUGCAGGUUGUCAGCACAAAAGUUGGUGGGAUUCCUGAAGUCCUUCCAGAAAGUCUUAUUAUUUUAUGUGAGCCUUCAGUAAAGUCUCUGUGUGAAGGGCUGGAAAAAGCUAUUUUCCAAGUGAAGUCGGGGACAUUGCCAGCUCCAGAAAACAUCCACAAUGUAGUAAAGACUUUCUACACCUGGCGGAAUGUGGCAGAGAGAACUGAAAAAGUGUAUGAGCAUGUAUCAAAGGAAACUGUGUUGCCAAUGCACAAGAGAUUGAAAAGGCUCAUCUCUCAUUGUGGCCCAGUGACAGGCUACAUUUUUGCUUUGCUGGCUGUGCUCAGCUAUAUCUUCCUCAUUUUCCUGCGGUGGAUAACUCCAGACUCUAGCAUUGAUGUUGCAAUAGAUGCUAGCGGGCCAAGGAGACCUUGGCCUCCUCAGUGUCCUUGUGAUACGAAAAGAGAUGAAAAUGAUAAGGUAUCCAAAAGCAGGUAGAAGCAAGCCCAAGUUAACAAGUCUUACACACUUGCAAUAGUCCUGUUAGCAUUUGAAAAUAAUUUUGCUCUUUUAUUUUUGGGUUUUAGAGUUGGUUUGGUAAAUUAGGCUACCUCUGUAUCAUUCACUUUUUUUUUUUUUUUUUUUUGAAAAAAAGAUAAAUACUUAUGCAAUUCCUGAGUGUGAAAACUCCUUGCACUUUAAAAUUUAGGGAAUAAUGGUUCAGCCACUCAGGUAUGACAUUUUUCAGAUUACUGAGAUCCUUCUAACACAGAUGUUUUAACAUUAUAUUUUGGGAGCCUUGGGUGCUGAAAGGCCAAACGUUUCUGGAUCUUUUUUGGCCAGUUUUUAACGUUAUACCAUUAAUUCAUUUACCAGAUGUUUACAAGAUUUCUUUAGGGAGGUACAACAAUUAUGAGAUCCAUUUUAAGUCAAGGUCACGUAUCCUUCAUUGGACAUUGAAGUAUUGUUCUUCAACACUUACUGUGUCCACUCAAGGGUUACAUGUAAUCUGAUUUCUUGAGCAAGACCACCUCUUUGGUUGCCAGCAUGUUGGAACACCUGUUACAUAUGAAAGUUGAACUAAAUGGCUCUCAAGCCUAAGGACUAGUUAACAAGAAGUGGUAAAACAGCAAACAUGCCAAAAUGCUCAGGCUACUGAAUGUCAGGAAAUCAUCGCUGGCAUACUCCCAAGUACCUCUCUGAACCUGUUUUAUGCAUUCUCCUAGGAAGAGCCCUUGUCUUCCUGCGUGUGUGUGUGUGUGCAUGCGUGUGUUUGAGUGUGUGAGUGUGUGUGUGUGUGUGUGUGUAGAGCUCUUGUCUUUUGAGUGUGAAGAGAUGUUGCUUUUCAAGUUCUAUGGACUGACCGAUACCACUGUUGAUGCUAGUGUAGGCCAAGCCUCUGCUUUUGUAGUGCAGUUUAGUCCUCCAUAAACGCCUUUGUGGUUUCUGAGCUGAACAGAAGAGGUGUGCCAUCUCAAAACCAGCUGCUAUCCUGUCCUCCAAAUGGAAGUUCAGUCCCUCCCGUCACUGUGGUCUAGCUAAUCCUGGAUAAGUAUUGCCAGUGUGUGGAAAGGCUUUCCUCCAGAACAGUUUAUUUAUAGCAUAUCAAGUCUGAAAAUUGUCAGAGUGUGCAGUCUCUUUGUGGGUGGAAUUUCUCAAUCGUAAUCACAGUUAUCCAGAGCCAUGGGUUUUUAAAUCCCAAAUUAUAUGCGAUACGUAUUAUUAUUAAUCUUUGAACUCUUUCACAUGUUAUUUUUGUGGGAAAGGGACUAAAAUAAAAGCAGCAAGGCGCUUGUGGGUGUUUGAUUCUGUCAGUAUUGUAAUUAUGUACAGGAUUUUUUAAUGAUGACAUUUGCAAAACUUUUUAAAGAGUAUCUUAACAUGCCUAUUAGUUGGUUGCCACUGGUAUAAAAGAGAUAUAUUUGUGUUUGGUUUCUAUGGAAACACAAAUGCUAGAGAGUAAUUUUUAAAAUAGAGAAAUUAGGGCUUCUUUUAUUGGAAAAAGAUGACCUGGUCCAAAUCAUUCAGUCUUAUUUGAAUCUUUAUGCACUGAGACAGGCUUACAGAUAACAGUGCCAAUAUUCACAGUAGACUGAGGCAUGUGUAACACUUUGCUUUAUUCACUCUACAUUACUCUUUCUACUUUCAUAUUUGCUUCUAAUAACUUUUGUCAAAAUCAUCAUUAAAUACUUUAAUUAUUCUUUAUUUAAGAUGACAAUACAUUUGAAAAAUAAUUUUUUCUUGUC